UAUAAACAACCAUUUCCGUUUGCUUCUCUCUUUCUGAUUCGAAAAAUUCUUCUGCAGCUCGCAGCUUUAUUUUUUUAGCGAUUCUCCUUAGGAGCGAUCAGAUCAAAAAUGGCUGAGCAUUUGGCGUCGAUUUUUGGGACGGAGAAGGACAGGGUGAAUUGCCCCUUUUACUUCAAGAUCGGUGCAUGCAGGCAUGGAGACCAAUGCUCUAGACUCCAUAACAAGCCAACCAUUAGCCCUACGCUUUUGCUUUCGAAUAUGUAUCAGCGGCCUGACAUGAUUACUCCUGGCGUUGAUGCUCAGGGCAACCCCAUCGAUCCCCGCAAGAUCCAGGAGCACUUCGAGGAUUUCUAUGAGGAUCUAUUUGAGGAACUAAGCAAAUACGGUGAAAUUGAGAGCCUGAAUGUCUGUGACAACCUUGCCGACCACAUGGUGGGGAAUGUGUAUGUUCAGUUUAGAGAGGAUGAGGAUGCUGCAAAAGCACUUCAGAGCCUCAGCGGGAGAUUUUAUGCUGGUCGUCCCAUCAUUGUUGAUUUCUCCCCGGUGACGGACUUCCGUGAAGCCACCUGCAGGCAAUAUGAAGAGAACUCAUGCAACCGUGGUGGCUAUUGCAAUUUCAUGCAUCUCAAAAGGAUCAGCAGGGAGUUGAGGCGUCAAUUAUUUGGGAGGUACCGACAAAGGUCUAGUCGCAGCCGAAGCAGAAGCCCUUAUAGGUAUCAAAGCCGAAGCAGAAGCCCUUAUAGGCAUCGUAGCCAUGAACAGUACUAUUAUGGUGGUCGUGGUUCUGGUAGAAGGUAUGAUGACCGGGAUCGUUAUUAUGAAAGUCGGAGUAGAAGGCACAGGAGUAUAAGCCCUGACCACCAUAGAGGACGAAGUAGAAGCCUUGGGAGAAGGCAUGAUAGAAGCCCUGUUAGAGAAGGCAGUGAGGAGAGGCGUGCGAAAAUUGCCCAAUGGAACAGGGAAAGGGAACAACAACAGGAAAAUGCAAACAAGGUCAAAACUGACAGUGGCUACAAUAACCAUGAAGGUGGUGAUAAUGGCUAUAUGCAAAAUGGCAAUCAGGAUCAUGGAUAUUGGCGGUCUCUACCGCUGCAAGGAGUAUAUUGAUAUUGAUCCAGUUUAGAUGUCUAGUUAGUCCCCCCUCACUCUAUUUUUGUGAUUUAGCCGCUCCUGUAGGAUUUUUUUAUUUUUCUCCAGCAAAUAUCAUCCAUUCAGUAAAAAUAUAGCUUACAGCGCAUUUUCCACUGUGCAGGUGGUGUACAGGUUCACAGUUCUGUCAUAUGGAAUGUGAAAUGUCUUUUGCAUCUGUUAUCUGCAUUCAUAUUUUGCUUGAUUGUGUGCUUGAAUGCAUGAUGGCACCCCUUGAAUUUUCUUGGCCAAGUUUUUUAUUAACUUGUGUCAGUGACUAUAACAAACUAACAAUCCAUAAUGGACUAUAACAGUUGUCAUUUGAAACUAAAAUCUUUUCAAGAUCAAGUGUUCUGAUUUGGGCAAAUGCUUUCAGUUUUACUAGCUGUUUAAAUGUUUGGUGAUUGAUUGAAGCUUUUCUUUGUAACUAUACUACCGUACUAGUGUUAGCAGUAACUGUGUUCUCCAAGAAUGAAAAUGUGGCUAAUUUGAAUUGUUACUGUUGAUUGCAUGGAUGUUUGAAAUUCUUUUUUUUCUCAUUGUGUGCUUGUUUUUAACAUGUGUGAGCAUUACACUGGGAUUCUGUGAUCACCACACAUUCAGGCUGGUAAUCAAUAAAUUUUCCAUUCUGUAUUGGAUGUGUUUUUUGGUGAACUCUCCUUUGCCAGCUUUGAUGAUAUUAUUUUACAAAAAAUCAACCAGAAUCAGUUGAGAGCUUACAUUUUUAAUGAGUUUUGCAGGUUCAGGUAUCCCUGCUUCACAAGACCGAGUUUUGUUCUAAUAGAGCCUAAUGAAAUCUGUGUACAGGUUGUUGGGUUGGGGGUGCUGUCAGAGGUGGAUUUACAGGAUCUGUCAGAUUACAUUUCAAAAGCUGAUCCAACUGAAUUGCUCGGGCAGUAGUUUUAGGAUUUGCUGGCGUGUGGUCUUGCUGCAGGUUAGGAGCUGUAAUAGCAACCUGUUGCUGUUAUGUUGGACUACUACUUGUUUUUCUUGGCCUUUUUUCCACUGUCAUGUACCUUUUGGAUUAAUGUUUAUAAGAGUUAGAAUAAGAUUGGAUUCUGGACAUA